AUGAAGAUACCGUAUUACCUACAUUCUGCUUACCUGAAGUCUAAUAAUUUAAGCAAAAUCAAACAAUUGGAAAAAGAUAAUUAUCUUUUGAAAUCUAGUACAAAUAGCAGGUCACUUGAACGCCUGCCGCUGCGUCCAGAAACAAUAGAUCUAACUGCAAAUGAUUCAAUUGAUGGCUUACCAGGAAUGGAUCAAAGAAAAGUUGUUACGAGGUCUUUUGUCAAUCAAAUUAAACAAAGUUCGAGUCAAAGGGUUGUUCCAUCGGGAUCUAGUAGAAAUCAUGCACCAACUCAUUCAAACCAAUCAUUUGAGAUAACAAAAGGAAGAAUGGCUGAAUCAACUAAUAUUUUAAACAAUUCCCCAAUAAAAUCUAUUGUGAGAAAUAAUCUACAAAGUAUGAGAAAUGGUUCACAUGGUCUGAGUACGCCAACUUCCCAUUCAAGUCAUAGAGUGAUGUCGAAUGAUUCAUUUAACUCCACAUUAAGCUCUAAAACUCCAGAGCCAUUUUUCCCACCAACAGCUAAUAUGGCUAUGAAUCAGAAGAAGCAAUCGGGCUCUAACAGACAGCUCGAGUCGAACAGAGUUACAAAAAAUAGAGCAUCAACGUCUCAAAUAGCCCAAAGAUUAUCAGCACAUAUGAAAAUUGGGUCUGCUACCCCUUCCACUGGGUUGAGAGUUCAAACAAGUAAUGGAAUCAGACCAGGGUCGUCUUUUACUCAAAAUAACAUUUUUAGGAAAAGAUAA